AAAUUUUACAAAAUGUCAGAUAUUGGAAGCGGUGAUGGUGAUCUUGGUGGCUCAAAAUAUAAUGCUGCCGGCAGCAGCAUGGAGGGAGCAGGAAGAUGUGAUUUUGAUCCGUCGGGGAAAGCUCCUCAGGGUCAAACCGAACAGGAGUUGGCUACGAAAAUGUUGCAAAUACAAUCGAAACGUUUUUAUUUAGACGUUAAACAAAAUCGUCGUGGUCGUUUUAUAAAAGUAGCUGAGAUUGGAGCUGACGGUAGACGUAGUCAAGUCUAUUUAGCUUUAUCUACAGCUGCAGAAUUUCGUGAUCAUUUGUCGACAUUCAGCGACUAUUAUGCCUCUUUGGGACCACCGAAUCCCGAUAAUCUACCAGAAGAUGGUAAACUGAAAUCGGAAAUGAUGACCAAGGAUAAUAGACGUUAUUAUUUGGAUUUAAAAGAAAACGCCAGAGGACGUUUUCUAAGGGUUUCUCAAACAAUUACACGGGGUGGUCCUCGUUCUCAAAUCGCAAUACCGGCCCAGGGUAUGAUCGAAUUUCGCGAUGCUCUCACCGAUCUUUUGGAAGAAUUUGGUACCAAUGAUGGCGGAUUCAAGGGUGAUUUACCGGAGGAACGUCAUAUGAAAGUAGAUAAUAAGAAUUUCUACUUUGAUAUUGGUCAAAAUAAUAGGGGUGUUUAUAUGCGUAUUAGUGAGGUGAAAUCAAAUUUCCGUACAGCUAUAACUGUACCCGAAAAGUGCUGGACACGUUUUCGUGAUAUAUUCAACGAUUAUUGUGAAAAAAUGAAAAAAUCGUCCGAAUCACCAUCGUCAAUCACUGCCGAUAAUAAUACCAUACAACAGCAACAACAACAGCAGCAGCCACAGGCCAAAUAA